AUGAGCGCUAGCACUACGAUCGUGACUUGUGCUGCAUUGAUCAUCGCUCUCGGCACCACCGCCUGCCUUUUAUUUGUAGGCUAUCUUGUCAACGAUAUCAAUGGAUUUUACGAGCAUACGAUUAGUGAACUGGUUGAAUUCAAGGACCUGGCAAAUAUGGCGUGGAACAAGAUGCAUCCAGCUCCUCAGGACGUUAUCAGAUACAAAAGAGCUGUUAGUAACCGCAAACGGCGCUCCGGUGAGCAGGAAGACAACUGCGGCUGCGCUCCUCAACCCAUGAAUUGCCCACCUGGACCACCUGGUCGUCCAGGGCGUUCAGGUUUACCUGGAUACGAUGGGAAACCUGGAAAGCCAGGUAUGCGUGGUGUCGAUGGUCCACCGAUUUACGGAUCUGAAGAAACACUUGAAUGUAUCAAAUGUCCUGCUGGACCACCUGGACGACGUGGUCCAACCGGGCCUCCUGGAGAGCGAGGUCUCGAAGGCUUACCGGGAAUUCCUGGCGUAGACGCCCCCAUAGGGGAACCUGGACCAGAAGGGCCAGUCGGCGACCCAGGACCACCAGGAGUACCAGGGGCUCCAGGACCUCCUGGCAUGCCUGGAAGGUCUUCACAGAUCGCAUUUUGUGAACCGGGACCAGUGGGACCUAUGGGUAAACCUGGUGCACCAGGGGCCGAUGGCCCAAAUGGAAGUGACGCCAUCGUUGGAGAUAUUGGACCGGUGGGUCCUCCAGGACCACCAGGAAACCCUGGAGAACCUGGAGAGGAUGGACCACCUGGGCCGGAUGGAAUGCCAGGCCCACCAGGGUUGGAUGGGGAUUACUGCAGAUGUCCACCUCGUUCGACAGACAAUUACGGCGAUGUGCAAACAGUGACAGAAGUCGAGUACGUGGAUGAGACGGUGGAGAAGUUCAGAAACCGCCUCAAGCUUGCAAAGAAAUCAAGAGUCGUUAGAAAACGAGGAGCUCAUCAAAAACAGCGGAAAAGUGUUACGACGAAAAAGAAGACACCAAGGAAGAAAUCGUGA